AUGAAGGAACCAAAGUACUUCACCAUCUACGAGGACUUCUUCAAAGAUGCGAAGACCUUUCUGAACACAGCCGUUGAGACGAAGAACAGCAUUUUCGAUGUGAGCAGUAGUGGGGAGUCGAGUUCAGGACAGGAAAAUGAUGGUGGGACGGAGGGCCCAGGUAAGGAGAAGCACAUUGACUUUUACCUGAAUGACCAGAGUAAUAAGGUAGUAUGGCACAAGGACAGCAGCAAUGAGGGUAAAACCCCGGUGAAGAGCGCAAGUAGGAUGGGUACAAACCGAAUCCACCAGAAUGCGGAAGUGGACGCGUACAAAAACAACCAGUGCUUCUCCAGCAUGCACCACGGUGCGUCAAAAAUCCUGCUGUGCUACCACAACACGCACACCAUGUGUCUGUCGUACAAACCAUAUAACGAAAAUGUGUGUCACGACUCAGCGAACGUGAAUUAUUCAAUUUCUAUUUUUAAGAAGAGGGUACCCAAUUUUGAUGUGGAGGAAGAGAAGUAUGACUUUGAUGAAGCAGAGGAGGAUAAUCGAGUUGUGCGGUUUUUGAAGAGAUGGGCAUUUUGGCGUUACGGAGAGAAGGACAGAAAGUUUCUUUUAAUAAAUGAGGAAAGAAGGCAACUGAGGGGUGGCGAACAUGUAGGGAGCAACUUUCACGCGGAGGAUGCAUUGAGGACAGGAAAGGAUAUACGCAGAGGGAUGGAAAAAGAGUUGAACAUGUAUAAUAAAAAGUCCAUGGUGAUAGAACCCAAUAGAAAUUUCACCACUAUAAAGGAAAGGGGAGAACGUGGAGAUAAUACUACGGAGAAAAUGAAAAAGAAGAGUUUGAUUUUGCACGAAAUGAAGAGGAAAAAAAAAGAAAGGAAGAAAGGCAUAUCAUAUGAACAUUUGUUAACUCCAAGUAAGCAUGAGUAUGAUGCGUUUUGUUUAUUUAAUCCUCGUUUUAAGCAAGGAAAGCAUCACACAGUGAUGUGUCUGCAAGGGUAUAAUGUGUCUGUGAUUCCUUUUGUGAAGGCCAAAAAGCUCAAGGAAGAAGUGAAUGGUUUAUUUAGUGAAAUAAAUCCUUGGAUCCAUAAAUCCCUCACAUUAUCUAAGUUGCGAAAUUUAAAAAUUGAUCUUUUUAAUUUCAUUUCUAACAUUCCUCAAAUAGACAUUUCUACCAUCUGCUGCGCGUGGGUCUUUUUUGAACGACUGGUCAUUAAGGGCUACGUCCAUAAGUCCAAUCGGAAGCUCUACGCAGCUACUUGUCUCAUUUUGUCUCUCAAAUUUUACCAGCAUGAUGACAUGCAGAUUUUGGAGAAGCUGCUUUUUUAUAUUCAAAAGUUAGACAAGAAGGAGAACUUAACGCCUUCGCUCAUUUUCUCUGUGGAGUUUUUGGUUUAUCGCCUCCUGGACUUUUCGCUACAGCACACGUAUGAGCAUAUUCGCCCGCACAUUUAUCAAUAUUUGGAGUCCAAGGAGCUCAAGUUCGAGGACGUCUAUGGCAUUUCGGAAGAGGUCUACCUUUGCUCGAAUUACCCCAGCGAGGCUUGA